AUGCCUGCCUUGUCCUGGCGGCCGAGCGCGGCCAUCCCUCCUUCUGCCUUGCUUCUGUUGCCGCUGUUCUCUUUAGCUUGGGCGCGGAGCAACUCUCGGGGACUAGCGGGGUCCCCCCACAACGCCGUUUCUUCCCCUACGACCCCCAUCGCCAUUAUGGGCUUAAUGCCGCUGAGCGACUCCGUGGAGAAGGGCAAGAUCGGUCGGGGGGUCCUACCGGCUAUGCAAUUGGCAAUGGAGCAGAUCCUCAACGAAUCGCUGCUCAACCCCUACUCUCUGGACCUGCGCUACUACGACACUGAGUGUGACAAUGCAAAGGGUCUUAAAGCCUUCUAUGAUGCAAUAAAAUAUGGACCUACACAUCUAAUGGUUUUUGGUGGUGUAUGUACAACUGUAACAUCCAUCAUUGCUGAAUCUUUAAUAGGAUGGAAUUUGAUCCAGCUCUCAUUUGCAGCAACAACACCAGAGUUAGCAGAUAAGAAAAAAUAUCCUUAUUUCUUCCGGACAGUGCCAUCUGAUAAUGCUGUGAACCCAGCAAUUUUAAAGUUGCUCAAGCAUUACAAAUGGAAAAGAGUAGGAACUUUGACCCAGGAUAUACGAAGGUUUUCUGAGGUACGGAAUGAUCUAACUGGAGUUCUGUAUGGUGAAGAUAUUGAAAUAUCAGAUACAGAGAGUUUUUCUAAUGAUCCUUGUACCAGUGUCAAAAAGCUUAAGGGAAAUGAUGUUAGAAUUAUCCUUGGCCAGUUUAAUGAGGAAAUGGCAGCAAAAGUAUUCUGUUGUGCAUUUCAUGAAAAAAUGUUCGGCCCUAAGUAUCAAUGGAUAAUUCCUGGAUGGUAUCAGAGCUUUUGGUGGGAAAAAGCUAUUUCAAAGCUGAAUUCAUCACCCUGUCUUGGUAUAAACCUUUUGGGUGCAAUGGAAGGUUACAUUGGAGUGGAUUUUGAACCUCUCAGUUCCAAACAGAUAAAAACCAUAUCUGGAAGAACGCCACAGCAAUAUGAAGAAGAAUAUGAUCAAAGGCGUGGAAAUGUUGAGCCAAGUAAGUUCCAUGGCUUUGCUUAUGAUGGAAUAUGGGUAAUUGCCAAAACACUGCAGCAGGCAAUGAAGAUUCUUAAUGCCACAAACAGAAACCAAAAAAUUGAAGACUUUAACUACACCAACAAAGAACUUGGAAAGAUUUUCUUGGAUGCAAUGAAUCAAACCAGCUUCUUUGGUGUAACGGGUCAAGUUAUGUUCAGAAAUGGAGAGAGGAUGGGGACCAUCAAAUUCACACAGUUUCAAGACAAAAAGGAAGUAAAGGUGGGAGAAUAUAAUGCUAUACUUGAUUCACUGGAAAUCAUCAACAAUUCCAUCAAAUUCCAUGGGAAGGAACCUCCAAAGGAUAGAACAAUUAUCCAAAAGCAACUUCGUAAGAUUUCUCUGCCUCUCUACAGUAUUCUUUCAGCACUCACUAUCUUGGGAAUGAUCAUGGCCAGUGCUUUCUUGUUCUUUAACAUCAAAAACAGAAAUCAGAAGCUAAUAAAGAUGUCUAGUCCUUACAUGAACAAUCUCAUUAUUCUUGGGGGAAUGCUGUCCUAUGCAUCUAUAUUCCUUUUUGGGCUUGAUGGAUCUUUUGUUUCUGAGAAAACAUUUGAGACUCUUUGUACUAUCCGGACAUGGAUUCUUACAGUGGGCUAUACAACUGCAUUUGGGGCAAUGUUUGCAAAAACAUGGAGAGUCCACGCAAUCUUCAAAAAUGUAAAAAUGAAAAAAAAGAUCAUUAAGGACCAAAAACUAAUGGUAAUCGUUGGAGGAAUGCUACUGAUAGAUCUUUGCAUCUUGAUUUGUUGGCAAGUUGUUGAUCCCUUGAGGAGAACAGUAGAAAAGUACAACAUGGAGCCUGACCCUGCAGGCCGAGAUAUCUCAAUUCUUCCCAUUUUGGAGCAUUGUGAAAACACUCACAUGACUAUCUGGCUUGGCAUCGUUUAUGCCUAUAAAGGCCUACUCAUGCUAUUUGGAUGUUUUUUGGCAUGGGAGACUCGAAAUGUGAGCAUUCCUGCUCUGAAUGACAGUAAAUAUAUUGGCAUGAGUGUUUAUAAUGUGGGCAUCAUGUGCAUCAUUGGAGCUGCUGUUUCCUUUCUUACACGAGACCAGCCCAAUGUACAGUUCUGCAUUGUGGCACUAGUGAUUAUAUUUUGUAGCACCAUUACCCUCUGCUUGGUCUUUGUACCUAAGUUAAUUACUCUGAGAACAAAUCCAGAUGCUGCCACUCGGAACAGAGGGCUUCAGUUCACCCAAAAUCAGAAGAAAGAUGAUUCAAAAACAUCAACAUCUGUCACCAGUGUCAACCAAGCCAGCACAUCUCGAUUAGAAGGGCUACAGUCAGAGAACCACCAGCUUAGAAUGAAAAUAACAGAGUUGGACAAAGCUCUAGAAGAAGUCACAAUGCAGCUUCAGGACACACCUGAAAAAACAACGUAUAUUAAACAGAACCACUAUCAGGAGCUCAAUGAUAUUCUCAGUAUACGCAAUUUUACAGAAAGCAAAGAUGGUGAAAAAACAGUGCUGAAAAAUCAUCUUGAUCAAAAUCCACAAGCACAAUGGAAUACUACAGAGCCGUCCAGAACAAGCAAAGAUUUUAUAGAAGAUAUCAAUUCCCCAGAACACAUACAGCGGCGACUCUCCUUACAGCUGCCCAUUCUUCAUCAUGCUUAUUUGCCAUCCAUCGGAGGAGUUGAUGCCAGCUGUGCCAGUCCAUGUGUCAGCCCCAGUGCCAGUCCACGGCACAGACAUGUGCCACCAUCUUUUCGUGUGAUGGUCUCUGGCCUGUAGGAGGACAUCAGAGCUCCCUGAACUGCUUUUGGUAGUCGAUGGCUGGACUGAACGUCUUGUGUCGAACUCUUGCCUUCUACAUAUCCUUACUCUUACCACAGAGAAACUAGUGCUAUAAGGCCAUUAUCAAGGGAGGGCCAGCUCCGCUGCUGGGAAAAAGCAUGUGAAGCGGAGAGGUUAGGCAGAGGUUGCUCUGUAGCCUUACUUGUGGACGUUUUUAUUUCUUUGCAAAGACCAAAACCAUGUUUCUUCUCAAAUUUCUAUAGGAGGCAAAGUGGCUGAGAAACCUAAACUUGACCAAAAAAAAAAAAAAAAUACAACAGACCCCCACGCAGCAUCCCUAAGCUAUAAACUACUACUGAAAAUGUGAAACAUGAGAAGAAGAAAAGAAAAAUCUCAUCAAAAGAGUGCUGAAGUAACUAAAAUGGAUACCAUACCAGGGGUUGCAUUCAGCUUCUGGAGACCAUAGUUAGUUGGGCUGACCUUAAUUCCUGGAACUAAAUUCAGUGAGAAAAAGGAGACUUUUAGGAAUAAUUCCAGCGUCACUGAGUCCAGGUCAUUCAACUAAAGAUACGCUUGGAGAAGAAAAUGCUUUGGGGGGAAGCAAAUCCAAGGCCAAGGUUUCAGAGUGGCUACAGCAGGCAUCCCAGGUUUGGGGAGUGAUACUCUUCCUCCUGUUAAGACAUUGUGUGCUUGGCUGAAUCCUGGGGUGACUUUCUGCAAAUAGCAGGAAGCUAGGUCUGACAAUGCUUAAGGUUUGCUACUGAAAUCUUCAUAUCAUACGGUGGAUUUUUCUCCCUGAGUUUGCUUGAUUUAAACCACAGCAUAAUUAAUAGUACAGGUAAUUGAGCAGAUGAGCAAGGGGAGUAGGGCCCUUAGGCACCACACUUCGCUGCUGCAGUUGAAUUCUGCAGAAUCAGAGAUCAUAUAGACACCACCCUUUGCUUCACAUCUGCGUGUGUGAGAGACAGUGGCCGUUGAGAAUAGGAUAGGCUGAACCAAGUAUCCCAGUGUUGGGGUUUGAAUAAAAAAAAAAGACAAAAAGAUAAAUAUGGUAUACAAUAAUUUGAAGCAAAAUGGUUUUUCUCUCUUGUAGAUUCCACCUAAGAGAAUAGAUUUAAUCAAUAUCUUUCCUGGGAGCAACUGAAUCUGCUAUGAAUUAGAAAGCAACACGAGUGAACUCAAAUGAAAUGGGCUUCCAUCGCUUACUGUUAAGAUUUGAUCCACACAUGUGCUGCUUUUAUCCUAAUGGUUCUAGGACAUCUUGCUAGGAUUAAGAUUACUGGGCAUGCAUAAUCCAAAGAGAGGCACCUGGAUCCUUUACAAUUACAUGGCAUGGAGAACUUCAGGAGAUGCCUUUCUUUCCUGGCCAAACACAUGAGAAAUGCCACAUUGGAUGAACUUCCAAUUGCUGUGUAACUCACAACACCUUCACUGCUGCAGGUUGCGCAUUCAAUGUGGGAGGGGCUUAAAAACAAGGGUUAAGAUGGCCCUUGCCUUACUAUAUCCUAGGACAGUGAUGGCGAACCUUUUAGAGACCGAGUUCCCAAACUGCAACCCAAAACCCACUUAUUUAUUGCAAAGUGCCAGGGCUACAUCAGCAUUGUGGUGCCCUCGGGGGGGGGGCGUAGGGGCAUGGCCCACUGGGUGGGUGUGGCUACAGUGGUCCAGCAGACUGGGUGAGCGGGGCUGUGGCCAGGGGGGCGGUGGCCAGUCCCUCGCCAUCUCCGGGGCAUCCCUGGGGGGCCAAUGCCACUUGCCCGCUCACUUCCUGUCCUGCCGCUUCCAAAUGCCACAUGCUCGCUACUAUGGCGAACUCUGCUGGGGCAAUGGCGUGCGUGCUCACAGAGAGGGCUCUGAGUGCCGCCUCUGGCAUGCGUGCCAUAGGUUUGCCACCACUUUCCUAGGAUGUUCGAGUGAAAGCUCAAGUCUGCACUUUUUCAUGCCUCUAGGUUUGUUGAUUUUGUUUUUAACUAGUGGAGCUGCUUAUGACAUACUGUAUAGUUCCACCAGUUGAAAUAUAUGUAUCGUUUGGGAAGGCAUCAAUCACAGUCUGUCAGGAUCUUGAGCAAGAUUAAAUCACAAAGCCCGCUGUGAUAAAGAUGUGCCUAACAUGUGAAAGGCACAAAAGCACACUUCAGAGCCUGAUUGUUGCAGAAGAUGGUCAAAAUACCUUUCCCCACCCAAAAAAACUAUUCUUCCUUCAUCCCAGUAACCUAUUGAUUCAGAAUAUUUUGUAUUGCUGUUAAAAAUAGCAAUAAAAUAAAAUAAAAUCUGGCACUGGACCUAAAUGAUUAGCCAGACAAGAAAAAACAAACAAACUAAGCCUGUCAUAUCACUUCCAUUUUCCUUAAAUGCCAUUCUCACACUAUAAUUGAUACUAGUUUGCCAAACUGCACUGCUCAACAUUGGAACUGGCCACUUUUUGAAAACCAUACUUUUGAUAACCAUAGCUUGUAAAAGAAAGUAUGAUGAAGAAGAGGUAGUUUAUUUCUAUUGCACUUUCUGUUCCCACACAGGAAUGAACCUGUUCCACAAAUGUCCCCAGAAUAGCAUUUAGUGUCUGCACAAGAAAGAAUAUGCCAACCCAGUCAUUGCUGAUGCCGCUGAUCCUACCUGCCUGAUUAUAUUUCCCAUGAAUCUUAAUCCCUUGAAGGUAUCACAGAAAUGCUCCCUGAACACACGUCAUGGAGAGGGAUCAGGCAGGGAUCUGGAAGGGUUAGAACCACAGUGAGUAAAUUUACCACAAAAGAAGUAGAACACAUUACUCCGUUUGAGCACUAACCACUGAAGGUGUUGUCUGGUGUGGGUGUGCACAUGCGUGCACGCACUUGUGCGCGUGCAUGUAUGUAUGUUAACAGUAUUCUCUUAAUGUAUGAAUAAACUUCAUCAGGACUUUAUUUAAUACAAAUAAAUAUUACUUUUCAAAAAAGGACAAUAAUACUGUAUAUAAUGUAUACACAAACAUUUCUGUAGAAGAUAUUAUUCCAACAUAGCAGGAAACAAAACAAAAAAAAUCAAAAGUAUUGGACUCUUGGCGGUGAGUGUGUGUGUCUGUAACUCUUUGUGACUACUGACUGUGUGCUGUUCCUUAGGUUUAAAUCACGCAGUACAUUCUUUGUCUAAAAUGCAACUGUAGUUUCUCCCACGAGUUUUCUUUUCUUUUCUAAUUUCCUGCAGAAAAUAAGACCCAUAAAAUGACUAUAGCUAUUCAAUGUUUCUGGUUUUUUUUUUAUAACCUGCAGCAAAAAUGUCCUGUAAAAAAUUAUGAUGAGGCUAUGCCCCAAUGGCAUUUUCCAAUAACGACAGUGCACAAAUGCUUCAACCCAGACUGGACCAGUAAGAAUUAUUUUUUAAGAAGCAACAGAGAGGAAGAAUGAGAGAACUUGGAGAAUUUCUUGUAUACCCCUUAUACUGCAUGAAAAUACAUUUUUAAUAAAUUGUUGCAAAAAAAAUCUGUUUUAUUAAUAAAAUAGAGAAAACAUAA